GGAAAAAUGGCGGCACUGCUGCUGCAGGAGUUGGAAGGUUCCGAGCUAUCAAAGCUAUCAAAAACCGUUCAAAACAAACUCGAGAGGCUUUUUUCGGAUCAGCAGUAUGAAAUCGAUUAUUUAAAAGCGCAACAGGAACAAUUUCGCGUUGACAGCGAACAACAAUUCUUUGAAAAGGUGAAACAACUUGCUCAGUGUCAAGAAGAUUUUUUGUCCCAGAAUCAAGAACAUCUUAAACUCAAAGAUGAGUUUAAAAUGCAAGAGGAGGACCAUAAACGUUUGCGUGAGAAGAACGAAGAAUAUGAAUCCGCACAAGCAAGGCUGUCAUCUGAGAAGAGUUUGCUGGCAAAGACCAAAGAAGAACUGGAGAUAGAAAAGCGAGAACUUGUGCGAACACUGGAGAGGAGAUCCUUGGAAGUGGAGCAUUUAAAUGAUGACUUCAGGCAACUCAAUGACAAGUUGGUGGAGGUUAACACCUCUAAGAUGGCCCUACAGAUGAAGUUAGAUGAACUUGAAUCGGCUGAAGUCAACAUUAAAUACAAGGAGAAGCGUAUGAAACAAGAGAAGGAGCUGCUGAAUAGCCAAACAUCUUGGCUGAAUGAGGAAUUGAAAGCUAAGAGCGAAGAACUGCUGUCCCUUUCCCGACAGAAGGGAAACGAGAUACUAGAACUGAAAUGCAAGCUGGAGAACAAGGAAGAUGAGUUGAACAGACUCCAAGACCAAGUGGCCAGUUUCAAGACUUCAAAUGAGCACCUUCAGAAACGGAAUGAGGACACGAUCAGCAAAUUGAAAGAAGCCAAGGAACAACAAGCCACCAUGGAGGAAAAGUUCAGAAACGAGCUGAAUGCUAACAUUAAGCUUUCCAAUCUAUACAAGGGAGCAUCAGCGGAUUCUGAGGCAAAAAGUGAAGAGCUGAAUCGGGCAGUGGAGGAGCUGCAUAAGCUGCUGAAAGAUGCUGGAGAAGCCAACAAGGCCCUUGAAGAGACAUUGCAGGAGAUGAAUGGUGCCACAGACAAGAGUGUGGCUGAGCUAAAGGAGAGGAUCCAGAGUCUCGAGAAAGAGUUGGACAAUGCCAAUGAGCUGCUAUCAAGUUCUAAACUUAGAGGCCCUAUUGGUACAACAUCUAUGAUCGCAGAAGAGCAAAUGACAACAAUGUCUCCAACGGCAGCAACUGUAUCCAAGAUAAAGCCCGGCAUGAAGCUGACAGAGUUGUACACUGCAUAUGUGGAGAGCCAGGAGCAGCUGCAGUUGGAGCGAUUGGAGAAUAAGCGAGUCAACAAGUACCUGGAUGACAUUGUGCAGGAAGUAGAGGCAAAAGCCCCAAUCCUCAAACGGCAGAGGGACGAACAUGAGCGCAUGCAGAAGUCAGUGGCCAGUCUUUCUGCCAAGCUGGAGCAGGCUGUUAUGGAGGUACAUCGUCUGCAGAAGGAAGCUGAUGAAGCUAACAAGCUUUCCUCUGUCCUGGAAAGGGACAACCAGAGGUGUGAACUGCAGCUGGGAGACCUGGCUCAACAGGUGCGUGUGCUGCUGAUCGAGCUGGAAGAGGCUCGUGGAAACUAUGUGAUUCAUGAGGAGGAUGUGAGCACAGCUGACGUCAGCAGCACAUCAGAGGUGAUCAGCCAACACUUGGUGACCUUUCGCAGUGUAGAGGAGCUACAGAAGCAGAACCAGCGUCUUCUGGUGGCCCUCAGGGAGCUCAGUGAUGCCCAGGAGAAAGAGGAGUUUGAGGCCACUGGCAAUAAACGUGGUGAACUGGAGCAGUUUUUGGACAAAGCCAAGCUUGAGCUGGAGACCCUGAAGGAGCAACGCAGCGAGCAGGUCAAGGUGACUGAGUCCAUCGUGAGGCAGAGGGACUUGUACCGUGUGCUGCUGGCUCAGGCAACCGGAGUCAGCUUCCCUCAGCAGGGUACACAACCCGAGGAGUUCUCCCUAACCUCCACCCCCCGACGCUCACCUGCAGCCAUUCCCACCACAGGAACGCCCACUUCACUCGUCUCCAUGGCAAAAGACUCUUCUGAAGCCUUGGCGGCCAAGGCAGCUUUGCAACAGUUGCAAGAGGUGUUUUCUGCCUAUAAGAAGGAGCGUAUGGAGUGUAACAAGGCCAUGACGGAGCAGAACGAGAAGCUCCAGGAGCAACUCUCUGACCUCCACUCGCAGAAUUCUAAGAUAUCGACCCAGCUAGAGUUUGCCUCGAAGAGGUACGAGAUGCUUCAGGACAAUGUUGAGCGCUACAGGAAGGAGAUUGCUUCCCUCAGAGAGAAAGGGCAGAAGAUGGCCGCAGCCACACAGAGGCAUGAGCAGACCAUCCACACUUUGAAUGAGGAUCUGAAAGCUGCCAAAGAGAAACUUACCAUGGCUGAGGGCCAUGCUGAGAGCCUUCGUAAGGAGAGAGACAUGCUGAAGCUUGUGGAGUCUCAACUGAAUCAGGAGAGAGAAUCGAUCCUGAGCCAUCAACAGAGCCAGAACCUGUUGAUGACCAACCUCCAGGCUAUUCAGGCCACUCUUGAGCGUUCAGAGGCUGAUACGCAUCAACGUCUAAAUGGGCAGAUAGAGAAGCAGGAACGAGAGAUCUCCCAGCUGCAGAAGAGGCUGGAGCACGAGGUGGAACAGCGCCACAUUCUCAGCAGAAACCAGGAAAUUCAGUUGAUGGAGGCAAAGAGGCAGCUGGAGCUACAGGUACCAAUACACCAGAGGACCAAAGAGCUGCUGAAUGCUGCCGAGCUGGAGCUCAACACCCUCAGGCUGCAGUUAGGCAGCAGCGAACUACGUCACAGCCUGGGCUCCCCCACCACACCCAUUAUCAGAGGCCUGCCGGGGUCGGAUCACGACAGAGAGGACUUACAGGGCCGUCUGCGGCUGGCUGAAUCCCGGGCCGAGGAGCUGGCAGAGAGCCUCAGGGUAGCCACCUCCAGCUUGGAGCUGUACAGAGCCAUGGCCCAGAGCCUGGAGGAGUCCCUGGACAAAGAGAAACAGGUAACAGAGCAAGCUCGCUCAUCCAUCGAAGCUCGUAUGAAGGAGGCUGAGAAGCAGCACCGACAGCUUGAGGAAAAGCUUCUGGAAGCAGAGAAAGAUAAACACAACACAGAGGAGCAGAAGAGGAGAGCCCUGGCCUCAUUAGAGGAACAGAUGAACAGUCUGAGAAGGAGUCUCAGCAGCGCUCAGGCUGAUCACCAGGCAGUGCUACAGCAAGUGGCAGUCGCUGAAGCCCAACAGCAGCAAGCUCUACAAGACAGUCAUGAGCAGGCUAAGCUGGCACUUGAAGCGCAAGACAAGUAUGAGCGGGAGAUGAUUCUGCAUGCAGCCGAUGUAAAGGCCCUGCAAGCUGCUAAGGCUCAGGCCGUGCAGGCCGUCGAGCUCAGACACCAGCUGGAUGAGAGAGCCCAGAGAGUCAGCGCAGAGCUGCUGGAGGCCAGGGUCUCCUGGGAGGAGCAGGAAAAGAUCCUUAAGGAGGAGAUGUCAAAGAUGGAGAUCCGCUAUGAGGAGUUGCAGAGGCAGAACACCCUUCUGCAUGAGCAGAUCCAAACAAUGAGCAGCAAGAUGGCUGACAAGUUGCAGCGGGCUGCCAAUGAGAGUCCUUUGAACAUCUCCCUUACUGAGGAGGGCAAAUCUCAAGAUCAGGUCCUUGAGAUUCUCAGGUUUGUGCGUCGAGAGAAAGAGAUUUCAGAGUCUCGUUUUGAGGUUGCCCAAGGGGAGAGUUUGCGUUACCGUCUGAGGGUGGAGCAUCUGGAACGAGAGUUGAAGGAGGUGCAAGACAGUUUGAGUGCUGCAAAGGAGAGAAUGCAGGUGACAGCGAAGACCCUGGCUCAGCAUGAUGAACUGAUGAAGAAGACUGAAACAAUGAGCAUCCUGAUGGAGACCAACAAGAUGCUGCGAGAGGAGAGGGACAAGAUGGAGCAAGAACUGCACCAAACCCAAGCUAAGGUACAAAAGAUGGAGUCGGACAUCAUGCCACUGCAGCAGGCCAACUCUGAGCUGAGUGAGAAGAGCGGCAUGCUGCAGGCGGAGAAGAAGAUACUUGAAGAGGAGAUCAAGCGAUGGAAAGCUCGAACCCAGAAUUUGGUGAGCCAGCAAAAAGAUUCAGACCCUGAAGAGUACAAGCGUCUGCACUCUGAGAAGGAGGCCAAUCUCAAACGCAUUCUGCAGUUCACUGAGGAGAGCACCAGACUUAAAGCAGAGGUGGCCAGGACUAAUAAUCUAACAACAUCUCUGCAAAGUCAGAUGCAGAACUUGCGUGACAAUAUGAGUAAGAUAACUGAUGAGAGGAAUAAGCUGAAGAAGGAAAUGGACACCAAGAACCAGGAACUCCAAGAGAAAGUACGAACUAUCACUCAGGUCAAGAAGAUUGGACGCCGCUACAAGACUCAGUAUGAUGAACUCAAGUUGGAACAUGACAAGUUGGUAGCCGAGGCUGCAGCAGGCCCAUCCCAAGAAGAGGAGGCUCGUCAAGCCUCAGUUCAGGAGCUGCAGAGCCUCCGAGAUUCUCUGAACCAGGCAGAAGCCAAGACCAGAGAGCUGGAAGGACAGCUAGAGAACAGCAACAAGGUGGUUACAGAGCGUGAGACUGAAGGGCGUAAUGCCCAGGAACAGUCAUCCAGGCUGCAGACAGAGCUGACCAGGCUAAGGCAGGAGCUGCAUGAUAAGGCUGCUCAUGAGGACACACUGAGACAGCAGAUGACUGACAAAGAGGACAAAACCAGGAAGGCCAUCGUCUAUGCCAAGCAGAAGAUCAACCAGCUCACAAGCACCAAAGACCAGCUGCAUAAAGACAACGAGGAGCUAAAGCAACAGCGCGAGGAGCUGGAGGUGCGAGUGAGCGCUCUCAAGUCUCAAUACGAGGGCCGUCUCAGUCGACAGGAGAGAGAACUGAGAGACCUGCGAGGUCAACAGGAGAGGCAAGAGCAGAGGGAUGAGCCACCUGAGGCAGGUCCCUGUAAGACCCAAGAGCAGCAGAGGAGUACAGAACAGAGGCAGAUCAGUCUGAAGACGACCCCAGCUGCAGACAGGGGAAGUGCCAGCACAUCUGAGCCUCCAACUGCCAACAUUAAGCCAACACCUGUGGCUACAUCAAGCAAGCAGCCUGUCAAUCCGGGGAACAAACCCACCCCGAGAGCAAGCAUCAGGCCCAUGAUUACCCCAGCGACUGUACCCACCCCAACUCCCACAGCUACUGUGAUGCCCACCACACAGGUGGAGACCCAAGAAACCAUGCAGUCUACUGAAGGCCCACCAGUGGAGCAUGUGACUGUGUACGGCAGUGCCAGCGGCUCGGUGCGCUCUGCUAGCCCCAACGUCCAGACCACUUUAACUAGCCCCAUGCUGACCGUGCAGCAGACCCAGACGCAGGCCACGGCAUUUGUCCAACCGACUCAACAACAAAGUAUGACCCAUACAGAGCCAGCCAAUCAGGAGCCACUAACCAUGGUCAUUGAGGCAACACCUAGCUCGCAGGUGGAAUGGCCUUCAACUUCCUCCUCGGUCUUUGGAACUGUUUCAGCAACGCCAGGAAUCUCCUCCAUGUCAAAGAGGCCUCGUGAGGAGGAGGAGAGUGCCACCGUGGUCACUGACACAGAGUCCACCCAGGAGGAUACCUCCAGGCUUCCUAACCCUAAAAAGCUGCGUAUCAUUCAGAGAGUGGGUCCAGAGGAGGAGGUGCUGGUGGAAGACAGUGCUGAGGCUGAGGCGGUGGUGCUAACAGACAGUCAAGAUGGUGCAGAAGCAAGCCAGACGGAGGACUUUCCAGUUCUGGAGGAGGAAGAUGAGGGUGCAUCCUCCCAGUGCAUCAUGAUAGAGCAAGAGAUUACCCUGACCCAAAGUGACUCUCCUCACCAGCUUCGGCAGGAAGUCAUCGUCAUAGUAACGGACACAGAGAGUGAUGAUGACCAGGAAGAGGAUGAAGAAGAAGAGCAGGACUAUGAAGAGGAAGAGGAAGAAGAGGAGGAUGAGGAGGAAGAAGAGGAUCAGGAGGAAGAUGACGGAGAGAUGGGGGAGGAAGGAGAAGACAGUAACGAGGGGAGCGGAGACGGCAACGAGGCUUACGAAGAAGACGAAGCAGAGGGAGCUGAUGUAACAGACCCGGGCACAGAGACAGAAGAGAGUUUGGGGGCGUCUGACUCCACCCAGAGGCCAGCAGAUUCCCAGACACCCAGCUUUGACGGUACGAUGGAGGCAUACUCUACAGAACAACCCAUCACAAGCUCUGGUACACGGUUGCCCCAGUCGCCACGAAGACCAACACAUCUGCUGCCCUCUCGCCUGAACAUUGCCCCGACAUCAGAACUGGGACCACCUGCUCAGGUUCAGCGUAUCCCUGUUCGUCGCCAGUCAGUUGGCAGAGUCCCAACGCUCACUCCCGGGGUGCCAGUCAGUUCCCAGCACUUCUUUGAUGAUGAUGACAGGAUGGUUCCCAGCACUCCCACUCUGGUGUUGCCACAGCGCUCCGAUGGUUUUGACCAGACAAUCCAUUCUCCCCAAGUAGCCGGUGUGCCUCGCUUCAGGUUUGGUCUCUCGGACGACGUGCCACAGACCAGCUCCUCCUCACACUCGGACCUGGGACAGCUCGCCUCACAAGGAGGUCUUGGGAUGUAUGAGAGCCCCUUGUUCCUAGCGACUCAUGAAGAGGAGUCUGGUGGACGCACCGUUCCCACCACACCGUCACAGGUUUCAGCACCAGUAACUAUCUUCUCAGAGGUGGCUCAGUCUGACACCACCAGUGAGCACGCCUCCCAGUCGGUUCCCAUGGUGAGCACUUCCACACCAGGCCUGGUACCAGGAGCAGCCGGCACAGGGGAGGACAGAGACGACGUCUUCCUGGAGCCAGACACUGAUAGACCCAGUGCAGAAGUAUUGUUAGAUCCAGUGGUCUUGCAGGGAGAUUUAGAGGAGCCAGGCCAGCAAUCUGACAAGGCCUGCCUCCCCUCCACCAGCCAGGAGCCCUCUUCCAGCUCUGCAGAUACAAGCAGUGCACCACCUAAAUCAUCUAGACCUGGAUCCAGCAGACAGCUGCAGCGCUGGCCAGAACACCGCGGUGGCCGCAUGAAGAGGGGAGGUGGAUUUCCUUCUCGGGGUGUGCAUGGGAGACGAUUCGCGAGAUGAAGCACCAGUCAGAAAACUUGGGAAUCGUGACCGAAGUUUUCCAUCCAGUUUUCCAGUCUGUUCAAAUUCUAUAUUCAUCUAUGGUAAUGUUCACUUGUUUCAGACACCUGAUUUUAGAUUAGCUUAUUUUGUACCUUCAGUCCAUGCUGAAGCGGUUUGUUUUAUGAAUAAUGUAAUAAACUUUAAAGCUGUAAGACAA